AUGCUGUUAAACGCUCUGCUCGUUCUGUUGAGUUCUCGUUGUGUCAUAAAGUCUGAACCUUCCUUCAGUGCCGUGGAUGCAGGUUUGUUCGGGGGAUCAGAUAAAUAUGACUUUGCAGUUGAGGUUCCUGCUGCAGGGAUGGACUGUUUCUGGCACUUUGCCCACCAGAGCGGCAGCUUCUACCUCAUGUACAUGGUACAGCGGGUAACAGGGAUGGCCAAUGCUCACAAGCUUUUUGUGACAGUCACCUCUCCACAGGGUUUUCUCAUCGCUUCAAAGACCGCAGCCGUCGGUCAAAUGAACUUCCAGACUGAGGUGACAGGUUUUUACCGGAUGUGUCUUGGGAACCACAACAACCAGUUCGGGGGCAUCAGGGUCUUUCUGAACUUUGGUGUCAUCUAUGAAGGCUUUGAGGACUCAAAGAAAGAAAUGGAGGAGGGAGAGGAAGUCCUCAACAGCACUUUGGCCAAUAUUGAGGAGAGUGUUCAGAAGCUAAAGAAUCAGAUCUUCCACAUGUGGCGUCAUUACAACCUCAUCCGCAUGAGGACAGGACAGGAUCACUACCUCCUCCUGUCAAACCUGAACUACAUCACCUGGUGGUCAGUGACACAAAGCUUCGUCAUCCUCCUGUCUGGAUACCUGCAGCUCCUCGUCCUCAAAAGACUCUUCCACACAAACUCCAGCAGGCCACGAUGCUGA